CAGCGUCUGGCUGGCGGAAUCCCCAGGGGAUCGUCUCGCCCAGGAGGCAGCCGCCCCGGCGCAGGUGGCCUGGGCCUGCCGUCCCUUCCAACCGCCGCCCCUCCCCCGCGUGGGGGGUCCCGAGAGCGCGGAUGGGAGGCACGGCUCGCGGGCCCGGACGGAAGGAUGCGGGGCCGUGCGGGGCCGGGCUCCCACCCCAGCAGCGGAGGUUGGGAGAUGGUGUCUAUGAUACUUUCAUGAUGAUAGAUGAAACUAAAUGCCCACCCUAUUCAAAUGCCCUGUGCCAUCCCGCUGACCCAGCUCUGCCCAGAAGAGUGAAUAUCCCCACUGAGCCAUUAAUUGGAGAUCAGCCCCAGCACUCGGGGACCGGGGAUGAGAUGAAGGUGGAACAGUUGUUUCAGGACUUAGACAGUGGACGAGGUGACCCUGUGCAGUCAGACAGCGCUGUCAGCAACUCCGAGAAGUGCUCUCCAGCUAUUUCUCAAGGCAGGAGUCCUGAGAGCUUGCCCGCCGUGAAGUCCAGCAGCUCAUCCAAGGCAUCCCAAGCCGUGCCCCUGACCCCAGAGCAGGCAUUGAAGCAGUACAAGUACCACCUCACCGCCUAUGAGAAGCUGGAGAUCACCCAUUACCCAGAAAUUUACUUUGUGGGGCCAAAUGCCAAAAAGAGACAAGGCGUUGUUGGUGGUCCCAACAACGGUGGGUAUGACGAUGCAGAAGGGGCGUACAUCCAUGUCCCCCGAGACCAUCUUGCUUAUCGCUAUGAGGUGCUGAAGAUUAUCGGCAAAGGGAGUUUCGGGCAGGUAGCCCGCGCCUACGAUCACAAACUGAGACAGUAUGUGGCCCUGAAAAUGGUGCGCAAUGAAAAACGCUUCCACCGCCAAGCCGCCGAGGAGAUCCGCAUCCUGGAGCACCUGCGAAAGCAGGACAAGACCGGUAGCAUGAACGUGAUCCACAUGCUGGACAGCUUCACCUUCCGGAACCAUGUGUGCAUGGUCUUUGAACUGCUGAGCAUAGACCUCUAUGAAUUGAUUAAGAAGAACAAGUUUCAGGGUUUCAGCAUCCAGUUAGUACGCAAGUUUGCUCAAUCCAUCUUGCAGUCUUUGGAUGCUCUGUACCGAAACAAGAUCAUUCACUGUGACCUGAAGCCAGAGAACAUUCUCCUGAAGCACCAUGGGUGCAGCGCCACCAAGGUCAUUGACUUCGGCUCCAGCUGUUUUGAGUACCAGAAGCAUUACACGUACAUCCAGUCGCGGUUCUACAGGGCCCCCGAGGUCAUCCUGGGAAGCCGCUACAGCACGUCUAUUGAUAUCUGGAGUUUUGGCUGCAUCCUUGCGGAACUUCUCACAGGACAGCCUCUCUUCCCCGGGGAGGACGAAGGGGACCAGUUGGCCUGCAUGAUGGAGCUGCUAGGGAUGCCACCACCAAAACUCCUGGAGCAAUCGAAACGGGCCAAGUACUUCAUUAACUCCAAGGGCUUGCCUCGCUACUGCUCCGUGGCUACCCAAGCAGAUGGAAGGGUUAUGCUUGUCGGGGGACGCUCCCGGCGGGGCAAGAAGAGAGGUCCUCCAGGAAGCAGAGACUGGGGAACAGCACUGAAAGGCUGUGACGACUACUUGUUCAUCGAGUUUCUGAAACGAUGCCUCCACUGGGACCCUUCUGCCCGCCUAACCCCAGCUCAAGCUCUCAGACACCCUUGGAUUAGCAAGUCUAUGCCCAGACCUCUCACCUUUGAGAAGGGGUCAGGGAAACGGGUCGUUAAUCCUGCAAAUGCUUUCCCGGGACUGGGUGCCAAGCUGCCCCCUGUUGUUGGAAUAGCCAGCAAGCUUAAAGCUAACUUAAUGUCAGAAGCCAAUGGCAGUAUACCUCUGUGCAGUGUAUUGCCAAAGCUGAUUAGCUAAUGGACAGCAGUGUGUUCAGAGAUGCAUAUGUAUGUAUUUUUAAUUACCUUGAAAUGAGAAAAAAAGAGCGCAAACCCAUUGGUGGAUAUGUUUUUGUUAGAUUAGACUUCUUUUUAUAACAAGGGAAAAAAACCCCACAUUUUUAUAUGACUAUGAAAGAACUCUUCAAGGGCUAAUUUACCUAACCAGCUUGUGUUGGCCACCUGGAAUAUACAUUAAACGGCUUUUUAUAGAUCACUGCA